ACUCUCUCUCUCUCUCUCUCUCUCUCUCUCUCUCUCUCUCUUUUCCACUUCCCACUUCCUUCUCUUUUUUCUUUUUUUUUUACUUUUUUCUUUUUCUAACGACUACUUUCUUCCCCCACAUCAAUUGAAUAAAAACAUUUGCCACCAGGACAUCCAAACAUGCAAACAGAGGACUCGACGGGCUAUGGCUCCGCAUUCACACACAGCAGAGCUACGACUCUCGCUACCGACCCUAGCAUGGAUCCCAGCAAUGUUCACACCUAUCGGCCAAGAGACGACGAGCGGACGUGGUUACUUGGCCCACGGGUCUCAGGCGAGUCGGGCAUAUACACAGGCGCAGGAACUAGAACUGGAUCAGGAUCAGGAGCCGCAGGGUCCAACAGACGACGAAGCACGUGGUUCCUAAACUCGACCCCACAGUUCGGACAUGCUCUUCUUCCAACCUCGACUGUCCACAGCACAGGAUCCGCACCCGAUCUGGGACGGCGGUCCAACGAGUUGCCAGGCCGAACUAGCGAUCCUAAGGAUCCUCUGAAUAGGAGCACCUCGAUCGUGCGGAAUGCAAGGGAACAACAGCUGAAAAGACACGAGUCUUACAGGAGCGUUGCAACGACGUCCUCAAUUCCUAACACUUAUACUGGCUCGAUCAGUGCUCGUCGGAAUCAACUCCAUCGCCAAAACUCUUUCGGGGAGGCCCCGAACCGGUUCUUGUCGUUCUUUUACUGGUUGAAAGGAGCAGCCUUCUCCCCAGAUACCACAGACGAAAAGAUCACCUCCACAGUACUUAACGUCAUCAAUGUGUUUGUGGACUUUGCGUUCUGCCUGCUCUAUCUCGUUGAAGCCAGCACUCUGUCGCGUCCAACGGGCCACGAAUCUCACUGGCUUCACAUCCAAAGAAGUCGAUCGCUCUGGCAUAUUCUGGUCGGGAUCGCUAUCUACAACUUUGCUACCGUUUGCUCCAGUAUCGUCUUUUCUGAAUCGAAAUCAACAUCUCUCCGGAGUACAAGGCAUAUUGUCACGACAUUAGUAGCACUUCCGUUCAUUUUCUCAAUCUUUAUGGAGGAUGGCCAUGAACUCUACGUGCCCUACUUUUUGCAGAGCUUUGCCCUUAUCUCUAGAGUUCAGCAGGCGCUCAACUUUUACAUCGACAUUGGCGUGUCAGAUCUGCCAAUGGACCCACUGAAGUCCAAAACGAUCAUCUUCGCGAUGUACAUUGUCACCCUGAUCUACUGCGCGAUCUCGGCAUUCCAGAUAGCCGAGUAUGAUCAGUUACUGGCCUCUGGUGACCAAAACGACUUGUUGAAACUUUUGUACUUUGUUUUGAUUACAAUGAGCACGAUUGGAUAUGGUGAUCUGACCCCAAAGAACCAGCUGGGCUAUGCCAUUGUCAUCUUGGUUAUCACCGCCGUCCUUUCUGUAUUUCCGUGGAUGAUUUCUGGAAUUAUGGAUGCUCUUGCGCAAGCGAAAGCCGGAGAGGGCAUAUUCAAGUCUGGAGGACACAAGUUCAUGAUCAUCUCCGGAUCUCUGCAUUCUGCACAAAAGUUGGCCAACGUUCUUAACGGAUUCUGGUUUACCAACAAAGAAUACUCGAACUCAGCAUUUAAGAUCGUCAUUCUGGGCCUGAGUGAGCCAUCCAAGGACAUCCAGGCGCUUUUGCAAUCUGCUCGCUACAAAAACAGAGUCGUCUACUUGAAGGGGACUCCAUUGGUAAGGGCAAGGCUGCUGCUCGCCUGACUACCUCACCUUUGUUAAUACAAGAUUAAAUCUUACGUAUAUAUCAAUCGUUGGGUUGUCGCGACGUUCUAGGAGAGCAAAGACUUGGAUAGAAUUCAAGCCAGAAACGCAGAAGGAAUUUUCAUC